AUGGCCGACACUAUAGGAACAUCAUCUAAUAUUACAACUACAUCGUCUUCCUCUCGACCUCGAUCAAACAGAGGUCGUGGAGGACGUUCCCGUCAAGCUCCACGCCAAGACGGAGAAAAUUCCGCUGAAAAUCAAGAUGCGGCACCUUCGAUGAACCCGCGAGGAGGACAUCAAGGUUUUAACAAAAACAGACGGACCAGAGUUCAAAAAGAUGGACCGUCUGGAAAUCGUGCUGAAACACAAAUAAGCCAUACUUUCAAUCCAAACGCUGCAACUUUCAACCCAUCACAAUCUAAUACAUUUAAUCCUAAUAUUCCACCGCCGUUGUUACCAUCGAAUUCGGUUGACGUACCUCCGAAUCAGAAUAUAAGGCAACAAAAUCAAAAUUCAAGACGUCGUGAUGGACAACAAAAUAACAACCCGAACUCUAGACGUCGUGAUGGACAACAAAAUGAUCAACGUCGACAAACUGGAAACCAAGAACCGCGAGAGCAGCAACAGAACCCCAUGAGACAACAAAAUAGGAACCAACAGAACCCGCAGCAAAACAAAAAUGUGAAUGCGGGCCCAUCAGGACAACAUCAAGAGAAUAGAAGAAAUCAAGGUGGUUUCAAAAGAAGUCAAGGAGCCCGACGACGUGAACAAAGAGAAGAACCUCUGACAGAAGAAGAAACAAAAAUGCUGGCUGAUAAACCUCUGCGAGAACGUCUAGUUUAUCUUCUGGAAAAUAACAAAUACGAAUGUGCUAUUUGUUACACAAGAAUUACCACCCGACAAGGAGUUUGGUCUUGCAAAACCUGCUAUCAUAUCUUUCAUAUUUCAACCGGAUGUAUCACAGACUGGGCUAAAUCCAGUAGAGACAAGGAAGGAGCCAACACAUGGAGAUGCCCUACAUGCCAAACUGAAAAUGAAACGAUGCCUUACAACUACCACUGCUUUUGUGGACGUAUGAGAAACCCAAACUUUCGCGUUGGUGAAAUUCCACAUAGUUGUGGAGAGAUUUGCGGAGGAGCUAGAAAGUAUGGUUGUCCUCAUCCAUGUAAUGAACUUUGUCACCCGGGUCCAUGUGUCGAAUGCAAGCUACAUGUAACGAAAUCAUGUAAUUGUGGAAAAACGAAGAAAAGCGUAAGGUGCGGAUCGGGCCAGAAUGUUAUGUGCGAUAUUGUUUGUGGGAAGUCUCUUUCAUGCGGACAGCACACAUGCGAAAAGAUUUGCCACUCCGGUGAGUGUGGAGAUUGCACAGUAUUUCUGGAACAAGAUUGCUUCUGUGGAAAGUUACCAAAAGAAGUACUGUGCAAUCCAGCAGCUGGUGAAAAAUAUUCGUGUGGGUCUGAAUGCGAUGGUAUGUUCGUUUGUGGAGUACAUCGUUGCACAAAAAAAUGCCACGAUAAGGAGUGUGGAGAAUGCGAGACUGGAGUACAUAAAAUCCGAACAUGUCCGUGUGGCCGAAACACUCUUCAGUCGCUUGGAAUUAUUAGAACAAAGUGCACUGAUGCAGUUCCAACUUGCAAUUCGAUAUGUGACAAAUGGCUAACCUGUGGAACACCAGGGAAGAAUCACAAAUGCCGAGAAAAAUGCCACGACGGGCCAUGCCCACCGUGUAGUUUAAAUACUUCUGUGAUCUGUCGUUGUGGAACUUCCAAGGGAGUUAUCCCAUGUGAUGAGUAUUUGGAAAUUAUGAAAACUACUGGAGAAUAUCUUUGCACAAAAAGGUGUCGAAAGAAGAAGUCUUGUGGUAUGCACAAAUGCCAAGAAGUUUGUUGCAUUCAGGAUGAACACUACUGUCUUCAAAUGUGCAAUAAACGUCUGUCAUGUGGAAUACACACGUGUGAGAAUGUGUGUCAUGCUGGCCAAUGCCGUCCUUGUCUUCAAGCAAGUUUCGAUGAGCAAUUUUGUCAUUGUGGAACGACUGUUCGAAUGCCUCCAAUUCCAUGUGGUGCUCGACUCCCAGUUUGUUCUCAACCAUGUGCUCGUCCACACAUUUGUGAUCAUCCGGUGACCCACAAAUGCCACGGUGAACAAAACUGCCCACCAUGCACACAUCUAACAGAUAAGACAUGUUAUGGUGGACAUACAGUUCGCAAAAACAUACCAUGCCAUAUCGAAUCUGUCUCAUGUGGAAUCGUUUGUCAAAAGCCUCUAAAAUGUGGCGUUCACAUUUGUCAAAGAAGCUGUCAUGGAGACGAAUGCGAGAAAGAAGGAGAGAAGUGCACGAAGAAAUGUGAAACGAUUCGAGAAUUAUGCGAACAUCCAUGUGCUUUACCAUGUCACGAAUCUUCUCCCUGUGAACCGAGCUGUUGCAAAGCUAAUGUUCGAGUGACAUGCGAAUGUGGAAGAAUCAAAAAAGAAGCGCCAUGUUGUGAAGUGGAUAAAAUGAUACAAACGAAAAUAGAGAAGGAAGAGAGUGAUAAGGCGGACUCCGGAGAUGAAGACAAACCAGGAAAGCUCAAAAGAUCAUCAAGUUUCUCACAACUGAACUGCAUGAAAUGUGAUGAUGAGUGUAAGAAGUUAGAGAGAAACCGAAAAGUAGCAGAAGCCCUAGAAGUAGAUACAGAUGAAUAUGGAAUGAACAAGCUGGCUCCCACGAUUUCCUUUCCCUGCUAUCUCAAAGAGAUGGUUCGUACGAACCUCGAGUUCGUUAAAAAUGUUGAGAAGGUUUUCAUUGAUCUAGUUAUAAAAAUUCUUAGCGGAGAGGCAUAUCAUGAUGUUUUCCGAUCACACCUCCCCCCUAUGAGUAUUGAAAAGCGUCGUUUUGUUCACGAGUAUGCGAACUUCUUCAAUAUCACAUCUGAGAGCGUCGACAGUCCGCCCAAGCGGAGCAUCGUUUUGACUGCAGUUCGUGGAAAGUCGCAUCAACCUCUUAUUUUGAUCAGUGAUCUCGUAAACUUCAAAGGAGCUUUAAAAACUCCAGGACCAGCGGUUAUUCGAAAAGAUUUGUUAGAUCAAGCUAUGAGUAAAAAGGAAGAGUCAGAAGGGCUUAUGAAGCCGUUGAGAUGCACUGAAAAAAUGGUAAUCAGACGAGAAGCUCGCCCGAUGAAGGAAAUCGUUGCUCCGAUACCUCUGAAACAGCAAAACCAAUUCGCACUGCUUGGAAGCGAUGUUGAUUCCGAUGACGAGGUAUCCACAAAAAAUGUCCCCACAACAAGUGCCACUGGUACUUCCCCUCCAAAAGACUGGUGGAACGAUGAUCAAGACUCUGGUUGGCAGAGAGUUCAACAAAAAGAAAUUAUUGUCGAAGUAGAACGAGACAUGACUGAAGAAGAGAUUGAAGCAGCAAAGAUCCUCAAUGAAGGUCCAACUUGGGAAGAUCAAGACGAUGAAGAAUCUGCUAAUGCAACCAGUAGCGAAACUAUUCAACUUGAAAAAGAACCAGUUCAACCUAUCGAAUAA